AUGUUCUUCCGAUCCUUACCAAGACCCGCGCAACGACCAUGUAAUGCCCUUGGCUAUAUCGCUAACAACACGCUAACCGCCGUCGCCUUUGGUUUUGUGCUGCUGAUCGCUCUCAUUCAGACCUACCAAAUUAUCUAUAAGGGGGCGAAGUGGAUGUUGCCCAUGUUUGCUGUAGUUUAUGUUAUAGGCUUUGGGUUUCGCUUCGCUUUGCAUUACAAUCCCGAUUCCUUGGGGAUUUUUAUCGCCGAGUACUUGAUGAUCGUAUUAUCUCCCUGUUUCUUCAUUGCUGCGGAUUACAUCCUUUUCGGUCGCCUUGCCAGGGACAUCGACUGCACUCAUCACGUCUUGCUUCCAGUGAGAUGGGUAACCCUCAUUUUUGUGAUGUCCGACGUGACUACUUUCAUCAUCCAGGCUGCAGGAGCCUCAAUGACUACAUCUACCAAUUCCAGCUCUGCUUCGGUGGGACGUCAUAUUUUUCUAGCCGGCCUCGUUGUGCAACUGGUCUCAAUCCUUUUCUUUUGUAUCGUUUAUGUACGAUUCCUUUACAAGCUCCGCGCUGAAGAGCAGGCUAUCUGGAUGCGAGACUCAAAGCAACGUUGGAAUAGCGAUUGGCGAACGCUCGCCGCUGCCUUGGCGGUUAGCUGUAUCUGCAUUCUGAUUCGUUCAUGCUACCGUGUUGCGGAGAUUGCUCAGGGCUCUAACGGCAGUCUCAGUGCAAGCGAGGCAGCCUUCUAUCUGGGUGAUACGCUUCCCCUUUGCGUGGCCAUCGUCAUGUACGUUCCAUUCUGGCCCGGAAGGUUCAUCCCAGCCAAACUAGCGCCAUCCUACGUCAACGAAUUGCAGGACGGUCAGGAGUUAUCAGUUUCUCGUACUACUUUAGUUUACAACCAUGAAGUACCCAUGGUGCCAGAUAGCUACUAA